AAUGACAAUGGAAUCAACAUCAAAUUGAUGUCGAUUCGACGUCGAUUCCAUUGUCAUUUUUCACCGAAAUUUUGUCUAUUAUAUACUUUUCUCAAAUAUACAUCUUUUCUCAAAAAACGAAAAUUAAGCACGACGUUCCGGCAUGAACGGCUUAUGACAGGUGGAGGUCCUGCGUCAGUACAGCCGAAUGAUCCAGUGAUGGAAUUUAUGGAUGCAACCAAUCAAAACUUAGAUGUAGAAAUUGCUUGUGCAUUUGAUAGCACUGCAGUAUUUGAAAAAGAAUAUAAUGUAAAGACGGAUUGUAAGUCUACGAAAGGAACAUACAUCAUCCAAGAUGAAAGUGAGAAUGAAGAGGAAAAUGUUAUCAAUACAAUUGAUAUAUAUGAUCACAGCGUUCCAGCUAUUUCUCAUAACACACCAUUGAAAAAGAGGACAACUUGAAAUAUUAAAAACAUAAACAACAUUCGUGACGAGAAGGAAUUAAGAAUAAUAAAAAUAAGAGAAGCAAUCGAGCAGCAGAGGGAGCUUCAUGCUGCCAAAAU